UCUGGUUAGUGUCUGACGUGACGGAGAGGCGGCUGGAGCACAGACACACAGACACACACACACACACACACACACACAUACAGACACAUGCCCCAGAGCUGCCUUGUCUUGACCUGGGAUCCUUUGAGUGGCUAAAAAUAAGACACACAACUUGAAGAGGAUAUACUGGCAUUGCUCCCGUGUGCUGCAAGUCUGCGCCACACACGCGCCACCAUGGGCCCUCCACUCCCUAGGGCCUUCCUCCGCUUCCUGCCCGCCCUCCUGCUGGUCCUGGCGGCGCUGGCUGGGGCGCAAAGUCAGAACGACCAAUACCUGGAGUGCUACAGCUUCACCUGGACUGGGAAGAACGAGUCAGUGGAUUGUGAAGAGAGCAAAGUGGAUAUUAUGAAUGAAGCCCAGCCUUGCCUCGACACCCUGGUCUACACAGUGCCACACCAGCAACCUCCCAACGUGUCAGACAUCAAGAACCAAUGCGAUACGGUGCAACACUGUCCGCCCUACACCUGCAGGGAGAAGAAGAAAUGUGUAAAGCUUAUGUGGUAUGAUAUUACAGGUUCUCUCGUCAACUACUCUUCCUUCUGCGGCAAUGUUAUCGUCGACGCUGACACACCUAACCGCUAUGAAAUGUCCAACGGCUUACUGGAAAUGUCAGUACAGACGUUCACCAAGAAAGUUUACGUGUGUGACUGGCAUCUCUGCAACGCCGCGGGCUCUCUUGGUGCUCCUGGGGGCGUGGCGCUACUGCUGGGGUGCCUGCUGCCUCUAAUAAUGUCCCUCUUGUUUAAUCCUGCAUCCUCUCUUUCAUCCUUUUCCUGUGGUAGUUAGGUUGGGUUAGGUUCUAAGUCCCAGUGUUCUUAGCGGCGUGGUGCUGCUGCUGGUGGCCCUGCUGGCUCUAAUAACGUCUCUCGUGUUUACACUUUACUUUUCCUCCCUCCAUUAGUAGUUAGGUUGGGUUCUAAGUCCUGGUGCUCCUCGCGUUUAAACCUGCAUCCUCUCCCUCCUCUUUCUCUGGUAGUUAGGUUAGGUUAGGUUAGGUUCUUAGUCUUGAAACGGUGAUUGUGAAUGAGGGAAUGGAUGAAUGGUCGUAACUCAUACCCCCCCCUCUCUCUCUCUCUCUCUCUCUCUCUCUCUCUCUCUCUCUCUCUCUCUCUCUCUCUCUCUCUCUCUCUCUCUCGUUUAUUCCUUCUUGUAUCUUCCGUCCUUCUUCCUUCGUUUCUUCCUCCCUCCGUUCUCGAUGUCGCUUUUAUUUAUUUUUUUUUUUCGUGUUUUCUCUCAUAAUCUUGAAACGGUGAAUGAGGGAAUGAAUGGACGGUCAUAACUUAAGCUUCCCUCAUUUAUUCCUUCGUGUAUCUUCCUUCAUUCAUUUCUUCAUCGUUCCAUUCUUGUUGUCGUGUGUUCUUAUUUACCGUACUUCUCCUUUCGUGUUUCAUCUCGUGGUGUUCCUUGGAUUACGACAAUGAAUGAUGGAAUGAGCAAAGGACUCUCUCUCUCUCUCUCUCUCUAGACGCACACAUAUAUAAGAUUUGCAAGUUUCCAUUAGUGAUGUGAGUGCAUAUUAUUUAGCUGAUCAAUAAAGAUGUACCUGUCA